AUGGAGAAAACUAUCGAGACUGUCCGUGAAAAAUUCAACACCGUGCGCACUGGGCGCGCAAGUCCGAAAAUUCUUAAUCGCAUAAACGUCGACUACUAUGGAACCUUAGCUCCUUUGAUCACGAUCGCCAAUGCCUCCACUCCUGAUUCACAGACGAUUGUCAUUCAACCUUUUGACAGAACCAUAAUCAACGACAUUGAAAGGGCCAUCAUGUUAAGCGACCUUGGUCUCAAUCCUUCCAACGACGGAGCAUGCAUUCGUCUAAGCAUUCCUCCUCUCACUGCUGAACGAAGACAAGAGCUAGCAAAGCUUGUGUCGAAACUUGGGGAAGAAGGGAAGGUUGCACUGCGUAAUGUAAGAAGGGAUGCCAUGAAAUCGAUUGGUAAAGUCGAAGGAGUGUCGGAAGACGAUGUCAAGUCGCUUGAAGAAGCAAUAGACACACUGACCUCGGACUUUGUCCGAAAGGUGGGAGAACUUGUGAAGGAGAAAGAAGACGAUAUUUUCAAAGUCUAA